CAGAAGUUCUCCAAGUCGUUGCUACCAAGAGCACAGUUGCGUCGACAACCGGAGCAGAAACGACACCAGACGACGGCGGGAAAGCACAUCUCGUCUCCACUGGUCUACCAGAAAAUGCCCACCGGCCAGAUGCACUUACUACACGACAAGAUACUUUAUCAGCUCCACCACGACCUGCAGAACAAGAUGCUGUAGUACUAGAAGAAGAUGCAGCUCCUCCACCGCCAUCAGCGUGGCCAUGCUCACCGGGUUCAGACACGGACGAAGACGAAGCGGAUGACGCCGUUGCGGAGCUGCCUAUUGGCGAAGGCUUGCCGGGGACUGCAACGUUAAGAAAGUUGUUCCUUCUAACAUGUAAGUUAAUGAGCGGCCUCUAACAUGUAAGUGGCCGCUUCUGUACCUGUUGUCGUGUUUUCUACAUGUAUAGCCGAACAGCUUAAGGUUUAGAUGAACAAACAGAAACAGCCAAACGCAGGGUCACUUUGAGGGCCGCCAAACAAACACUCUAAUGCACAAGAGCGCCUUCAUGCAACGUCGGAACACAGCGCCAGCGUGGGCGGAUGACGUUGGCGGACAUCAAGCCGUUCGAAGUUCUACAUUGUUAGCCAGGUCGAGACAGAAUUCUUUGUCAGUUUUUGUCACCACGGUUCACGAGGACGAGCCCUUAGAUGCCAGCACUGCGGGAAUCUUCAAUGCAAUGGCCCCAAAUAUCAAAGAGACCGGAACGAUAGGGAGCAACAAAGACACAGUGGUCGCAGAAGCAAAGGACCCGAUUACGGCACAGCGACGUCGCAGCUCAUUGACGGUUCCCACACGAAGAUCCUCGGUUCCUGGAAGACGCGCGUCUCUGUCUGGAGAUAGGGCUGCGUCGCAGGCGACUAAGAGUACUGAGAGACUUUCUUGACGUUAAAUAAUUGGAUUACUUGAUUCUUUUGUAUUUUUGCUUCCUAGUUAGGUGUGCUCCACGACCAAUAUAUUGAUGAGGUUGUUACUGGUGUCACACUACGUACUUGAUGUGGCAUGUGCUGGAAGAUGUCGUGCACCCUACAGUAAAAUAGAAUCUAGUUGACAACCAUGAUGCAUUAACUUUAACUUUUCACUUUAACAUUCAUAAUUGACUUCUCGUUCUCAUUUGAAACCAGGUAAGCGCCUCCAGCAGAUCAAAAAGGAGAACAGGCGCAAGGAGAAUCCGUUUACACAGAUUUUCUCCACCUACACCG